AUGUCUUCAGCGCAGUUGGCAGAGAUACAGCGCAGGAUAGCGAACGUGUCAAGGCGCUUGCGAAGGAUGCAAGAGCGGACACAGCGACGUGCCCGCGUCCUCCGACUUCAAACCCUGCUGGUGUACAUCUAUUCAGGACAUCAGUCCGAUGUGGCUGCCCGUUUCUGGGUUUCUCAUACAGGAACCUCCUUGUCCUUGGGCGAGGCUGCCGCUCAUGUCGAGUGGUUGUACAUCAGUGCCAGUGUUGACGAGAAGGUGGAGAUGAUGCUCAAUCCCCGGUGCAGUCUUGGCCUGCGUCCUCUCAUGGUGGCCUUGCGGUUCAUCGUGGAGCUGCAGCUUCUCUCUUGGGUCCAGUUCCAGAACUACGAGUGUGGAGCUCUGGCGUUCUACCAGUGGUGCAACUAUUGGCAAGCGAACACAGAGCGCGAGCCCUUGCUCAUCAACAUGGAUGAGUCAAGCCUUGCUUUUCAUUGGAGCGGCUUAGCUGGAACAGUUGCGGAGGCAGCAGUGAGUGUGGCGACAGACAAGGCGAAGCUCAGCAGCCGAAGGGCGCGGGUGACGUACCUUUGUUGCAUCACGCACGACAGCACAGUGCAACCGUUGCUCCCGCAAGUGUUGCUGGGCAAUUCUCGGUCCUUCCCCUUAGAGUUUGUGAAGCAGGCUGCAGAAGUUGAACCGGGCAUUACUGUUUGGCGGGAAAAAUCCGCUUGGAACUCACACAGGUUGAUGCGGAAGUUCCUCCGGUUGCUGUGUGCCCGUUUGGGCGACUUGUUGAAGACGCGCAGCGUGGGCUUAUUGCUCGAUUUCGCUCCGUGCCAUGUGCAUGAUUCGAUUUUUGAAUUGGCCCGAAGCGCGGGGCUGCGCUUGUUGUUUGUCCCCCCUGGCAUGACGCCACUCCUGCAGCCUUGUGACACCCACUGCUUUGCAGCCUUCAAAAAUAACGCCCAAGAGAAUUGGAGGGUGAAGAAGAGUGAAGCUGGUGGGCAUCCAACUCUGUUGAUGUGGUUCCAAGCUGUGGCAGCUGCAGUCCAUGACCUU